AUGGCGAGCACCUCCACACAGGCGACUGCUGCUGCUACUCUGCUCCGGCGGCAGCUCAAGCAAAUGCAGACUGCCAGUGAUCUUCCCGGUAUCUCGUGUGGUCUUGUUAAUGACAACAACAUCUUCGAAUGGGAGGUUAUGCUGAUGAUAAGCGACGACUGCAAGUAUUAUGGAGGCGGCAACUUUCGCGCCCAUCUGACUUUCCCGCCAGAAUAUCCCCUUAUGCCUCCAAAGCUGGUUUUCCAGGCUCCUGUCCCAUUCCAUCCCAACAUCUAUCCAAAUGGCGAGCUCUGCAUCAGCAUUCUGCACCCUCCGGAGGAAGAUAAAUUCGGAUACGAGCUCGCCAGCGAGCGGUGGAGCCCUGUACAGACGCCCGAGACGAUCCUGCUGAGUGUUCUCAGUCUGUUCGAAGACCCCAAUGAUGAAAGCCCUGCAAACGUUGAAGCUGCGCGGCUUCUGCGUGAGGAACGCGAGGGCAAGAGCAAGGAGUAUAGGAGGCGCUGCCGCAAGUGUGUCCGGGAGAGCCUUGGUGAAGACUAG